CGUCUUAGAUGGCUAAAACAGUUGCAGUCUCGACAUCACCAUAGAUCUCCAGAAUACCUCUUCGAUAAGAAUUCUGAAAGGAACGGCUUCAUCUCCGCAUUCCUAUCGAAAUGUCGUCUCUCAUUGAUGAUAACGUGACACAUGUUCCAAUGCUACCAAGCCCAACGACUGUAUUAAACACCGCCCCGCCGGACAAGCAGGGAGGUGGUGGCGGCGCAGUCCUCAACGAACUAUACCUGAAAAUAAUAUACGCCCUCAUUGGCCUUCUCGGGAUAGUCGGAAACAGUAUUGUUUGCCUGGUCUUUACGGUUAAACGGCGGCAAUUCCAAUCGAUUACAAAUUACCUUAUAUUGAACCAAUCGAUCAUAGAUCUUGUAGACUCCAUCUUUUUUAUUCUCAUUCACUAUGCAUCCCCGAACGGCCCCAUCUCGGAGACGGCUGCCUUACCGAGCCGAGGCCUUGCCGAGUUCUUCUGCCGUAUGUGGGACUCGGAGUAUCCGCUGUGGGCGCUUUACAUCGCCUCAACCGCGAACCUCGUGAUCCUGUCUUUGGAGCGCUACUUCGCAACAUGCCGUCCCGUCAUUCACCGCAACUUCUUCACAGUCCGCCGGGCGAAGUGGGCGAUGCUCUGCGUCUGGGUCUACGGUGCCGUCUAUCAACUCUACUGGCCUCUCGUGCAGACCUUCUCCGAGGACUGGCGAUGCCAUCCCAGCUGGCCAAACCGUGUCGUCCAGAUAUUCAUGGGAGUACUGCUCUUUACGCUUGAGUACCUUAUCCCCCUUGUAAUCAUGACAUUCUCCUACGUCAGUAUCAUACACAUGUUACGCAAUCGCACCAAGAGUCACGGAAAGGUGCAAGUCAACGCGUUCCAACGCGCUAAGCGGAACGUAACGACAACGCUUUGCAUCGUGUUCGUAAGCUACGUCGUAUGCUGGACACCAACAGAGUUGUCCUACCUCGCUUACAACCUUGGACAUAACUACAACUUCGAAAGUGCAAUCCAUGACGUCGUGAAAGGUCUGGUGGCAUGCAACCUCUGUGUAAAUCCAUUUAUUUACGCGUUCAAGUACGAGCACUUUCAAACUGAACUAAGGAAUAUGUUCUCCUCUGUAUGCACGGUAUGUAACCCAGGGAAUCGAAUAAGUAGUGAGGCUCGCGGAACUGUUCUGAGUCCGACAAACAAUUCCUCGAACAACACACCUUGACAUGCACUCUAUCUAUGUCUAUGUCUACACUCUUCGGCUAGAAAGAACCGUGUACUUGGUGAGCUAU